CACAGUCCUUUAUCACUUGUAGUUUGCCCUGGUGUUGGCCCCGACAAAGAAGUUCCGUUUUGGUGCCGGUUUGCCACUUGAGCCAAGGAAAUGGAAGGCCACGAGUCACAAGGCAAGCAUGGAACGGACGGGCGCAUGCGCUUUGGUCACGGAUCCAGCGGGCGCGAAGUGCUCGAGACGGACUGCGACCGCCAUGGCGUCGCGCCCGACAGCAGUUGGCCCGAACGCUCCUUCUGAAGACCGGAACGCCGGCCCCGGAAGCUCCUUCUUUAAGGCGCGCCUGGACGUGCCAACUUCCGAAGUGCCACCCGACCUGCCCCACGGCGUUGCACCUGCAGACGAGCCCCCCACAAAACCGCCAGUCCUGGAGGGGCCGGACAUCACACGGCUCCAAAUUCUGUUCCAGAACCUCACGUACACGGUGCAGGUCAAGCCUGCAAAGAAGGGGGGCGACACCUCAAAAAGCAUUCUGAAGGAUGUCAGUGGCGUUUUUGAGCCGGCACGGCUCACGGCAGUGAUGGGGGCGUCAGGCUCGGGAAAGACAACGCUCUUAAACGUCCUGGCCGGAUUCUACAAGGCCCAGGACAAGCUGACGGGCGACGUCCUGGUCAACGGCAAGGCCGUGACCAAGGAGAAGAUGAGGCGCAUCUCGGGCUUUGUGCACCAGGAGGACGUUAUACUUCACACCAUGACGGUGCGGGAGGCUCUGGAGUUCGCGGCCGCACUCAAGCUGCCGUCCUCCAUGACGGCGGCUCAGAAGUCGCAACGCGCCAUGGAGGUAGCCCAGCUGCUCAACCUGCACAAGUCGCUGGACAGUGUGGUGGGCAGCUCCAUGAUCAAGGGCAUUUCGGGCGGUGAGAAGCGCCGUCUGUCCCUGGGCAUGGAGAUGGUGACGGAGCCGGCGGUGUUAUUCCUGGACGAGUCCUCCAGCGGCCUAGACAGCUUCACAGCUUUCAAGGUGGUGCACAUCCUGCGCUCUGUGGCGCACCUGCACGGGCGCACGGUGGUGUGCAGCAUCCACCAGCCCUCCUCCGAGGUCUUCCACCUGUUCGAUGACUUGGUGGUCCUGGCGGCGGGGCAGAUCAUCUAUCUGGGUCAGGUGCAGGACAUGGUGGGCUACUUUGGUGCGCUGGGCUAUCACUGCCCCAACUACACCAACCCAGCCGACUAUCUGUUCAUGGAGGUGCUGAACGCGCCCGCAGCCGCGGGCGAUGACACCGAGGCGGCGCCGCAGGCUGACGGUGCCAACGGGCACGGGCACCAUCUCCCGCGCCUGCCGCACCUGCCCUCGCUGCCGCACCGGCACGGCCAUGCCGCCGCUGGACACGACGCGGAGGCGGGCAAGCACGCGGCCGAGGCGGAGGCGGAGGCGGAGGCUGCUGCCAAGGCGGCGUUAUCCGCGGCGGAGGCGGCGCACGCGGCGGAGGAGCAGCGCAUUGCUUCGCUCAUUGCCGCAUGGGACGGGAGCCCGCAGGCUGCCGCGCUGCACCGCUCGCUGACGUCGCGGCGCGCCGCCGAGGCCGCCGGCAUCAGCAAGCUCGCGGAGAGCGCGGUGGCGCCCUUCUGGCUGCAGGCUCCGCUGCUGGCUCGGCGCGCGCUGCUGAACGCCUGGCGCAACCCGCUGGUGUUCCGCGGCAAACUGGCGCAGACCGUGUUCUUGUCACUGGUGGUGGGUCUGAUCUACCUGCAGGUGAGCGACGACCUGGCGGGCGUGCAGGACCGGCAGGGCAGCCUGUUCUUCCUGGUGGUGGAGGGGCUGUUCGGCUCCGUCAUGGGCAUACUCACGGUGUUCGGAUCCGAGAAGCCCGUCUUCCAGCGAGAGUUCGGGACGCGGCUGUACGGCCUGCCCGCCUACUUCAUCUCGCGCUGGCUGGUGGAGCUGCCCAGCCACAUCAUCCUGCCGGUACUGUUCAGCUGCAUCUGCUACUUCAUGAUUGGCUACCAGGCCACAGCCGCGCACUUCGGCUGGUUCGCGCUCACAAUGGUGCUGAUGGAUAACUCGGGCGCGGCGCUGGGCAUCUUCGUGAGCUGCCUGUUCAACGACCUCAGUGUGGCGCUGUCCGUCAUGCCCAUGUUCCUGCUGCCACUCAUGGUGUUCUCCGGCUUCUUCGUGAACAGCGACACGAUUCCGCCGUAUUUCACCUGGAUCCAGUACAUCUCACCCAUGCGCUACGGCUACAUCGCCCUGGCCAAGAACGAGUUCGCGGGCCUGCAGAUUAACUGCUCACCCGACGAGUCCUGCCCGCCCGGGUACAACGGCGCCAUGGUCCUUGCCAACAUGGGCUUCAGCGAUAAGGGCAGUGUGGGCCAGAACCUGGGCAUUCUGUUUGCCAUGGUCUGGGCGCUGCUGCUGCUGGCCUAUGUUGCGCUGUGGCUGGCAGUUCGCCGGCUGGUGAAGUAAGGGCGCGAAGGCAGCUAUUGGUGGGGCUGGGGGUGGGGGUGGUGGACUGGUGGGCUGGUGGUGGGGCCGUGGGGGUGGCAUGGAUGGGGUAGCUUUUUCUUGUUGAUCGGACCAUGUCAGCAGCUAACCUGAUGGCGCGGACCUCCAUUCCCGGCCCAUGUGCCGCUGGCGCUGCGAGUGCGCUGCCUGCCCCAUGGUUUGGCGCAGUAAGCGAGGGGCGCAGCCAACACGCCACCGUGCGAGUUGCCAGGUGUGAGUGGAUGCAAACGUUCGGGGUGUGCGCGAGGACGUGCGCGGUGUGUGCGUGCUUGCCGUGCACUCAUGCUGCUCAACCUUCUUGUACGGCCAGCAGGCGUCGCCAGCCACGAAGAGUACAUUAUUGCUGUAUUUUUUACUCGCAGGAGUCAUGGUUCGUUGGCCACCGCCAGUAGAUUGUGAAAAUGUUUGAAGUGUAUUCAUGGCCGCCUUUUCCAGCGUGUUACAACAAUUGAGACUUCGAAAGCGCAUGCGGUGCUGUCAUGCCAUGGAGCCCUACACUUGCGCGGCACGCACGGUGGUUGUGAUGGUGUGCAGUCAGAACCUGUGGCGGUGGUGGCUGGGGGAUUGCGUCGACUAUAAGCUGCAGUUCAUAAAUUUCAGUUAUGUGAAAGGGAUUGUUGUUAUCUUGUGUUGCUGCUGGACAGGUGACGUUGACAUGCGCCAUGAGCCCAUGACCGUUCCGUAAAGCUCUGCUACCAGGCACAGUAUUACACGACAACUCCUAGGCAAGGUGGCAACUAUCGCGCUGUCUGGACUGUGUGGCAGGUCCCGUUGAAAGUCGGUUGGCAUGUGAGCACGUGGAGCCCCACCUCAUCGUGUAGAUAGAUUGGGCUCUAGACGGCCCAGACCCGGCGGUUGAGGUAGGCAGGUGCACUCAUCGCGGUAGCUUACGCACGCCCCAUUAUGACUGGAUUGCAUAUGUAAAUGUUUUGAAGGCGUUUUAAGGGCGGCCUUGUAACCACAUAACAAGUGCCGCCGGGCCUUACAACCAGGGGCGGUUGGACGUGGGUGGACUGAGGUAGACCAAAGGCCGGGCUCGUGCAGCAGCAGGGAGGUACGAAUGGCAAGAGGGUUGAGCGGAUGAGGCUGUUGCGUGUAAUCCAUGACUAGGGCAUGGGUUACGCCAUGCUGAAGCUGGGGCCUGUAAGUGGCUGAUGCUGUAUGUCAGAUUUAUGGACGGAACGUAUGUAGCUGAUAGAGGUUACAUGUAGCCCGCAACUCCCCGCCCUGCUGUGCGAUACCUUGGGCAUGAACGCCACCAAUGUACCAUACCGUGUGGUCCCAGUGACAGAAUGGGCCUGCUGUUUUGGACUGCGCAGUGCGCCAUUGCGCAUGCGCGGCGCGGCGUUGUCAGCAGCCGAGAGACCGCCUGCGACGCGGCCUGGCGGAGCGGGCCCUCAUCCAGCCGAUUGA